GGAGGAGGAGGAGGAGAGCGCCGCCGCCGCCGCUGCGCCCCGGGCAUGGUGAAGCCCUCCGGCCUCAGGCGGAGCCCCGGUCCCUCCUUCCCAUCCCUUUGAGAGGGGCCCCACAGGCAGCCCCCGGCAGCAGCCCCUCGGUCUGCUCGGCGCGCUCGGGUGGGGGAAGAAUGACUGAGGUGGAGCCCGUGCUGGACUUUGCAUCAUCCGGCCGCACCGGCCGAAGGAACGCCUUGCCCGACAUCUUGGGCUCGCCCGCUGGGGUCACCCCUACGGACUUGCCACUGAAACUGGCAGAAAUGUCUCUGAACGCAGACAGGUCUCAAGAAAUGCAGUCGCCAGCCACAGAGGUGCCUCCACAGGCACUGCAGAGUCCAGAACUGAAAGAUACCUCCUAACCCUCUCCAUGCGGAGGCAGAUGAAGCCAAAAAGGGAAAGGAAAAAAAAACUUCUUAAGUGUCAGCAGAAGUUUGCCUGGCGUUUCCUGGGAUUUCCUAGUCAUGACCUGGCAAGACUGUCUCACAUCCUUUGAUGCGAUGGAACAACGGAGGAAGGAGUAGAGAACAAGCAGCCAUUUUUUAAAUAUACCAAAUCUUGAGGGUCUCUUUCUUCUGUGGGGGUUUGGAAGAAGGAAUGGAGGGAUUAGGGAGGAGGGCUUUCUUGUUUCCACACUGCCGCUGUUGAAGAGCACCAAGUUACUGCUUUACGGAACCACAAAGAAGGUUGUUGAAAGGAUUAACUUCUUUUUCUUUAACCGAGUUCGUUGUUCAUUGUGAUGUCUGGAGUUGUGUGUUCGUCCUGUUUACCAGAUUGGGUCUUCUUUGCCACGAAGGGCAAACUUGCAAAGUUAUCGACCCAAGAGUCCAGCCCAUCCUCUGCUCUGCAUCCCAAGGAUGGCUGAUCCCUGCCAAUAAGGAAAUUUCCUUCUGAAAGUAUUUCCUGUCUGUUUGGGAGCCUGCUGCAGCCUGUGCAGAAAAGACACAAGAGUUUACCCUGAUUGCCUGAAAUGGAAAUAAAAUGUGGACAGUAUCUUCAAAGAUUCCUUGUUAACUGGAGAUUCAAAAAACUGAAAUUAGAAGCAAAAAUUUUAAAAAUCCUGGAGCACCUUAGAGACCACUUCGUUCAUUGUGCCAUGAAGUUAUGGAGGAUACGGAUUUUGCAAAAAUAUAGAAUGUGGUCUGAGCUGGCCAUUCAGCAUUCUGAUGCUCACAUGGAGGGGGAUAAAACAAAGUUAGAGUCCAGAGGCACCUUUAAGACCAACAAAGUUUUAUUCAAGGACAGACCUGGGAAAUAUAUCCUCUGAUCAGAUAUCUGAAGCCAAGCAGCAGUUUUUGGGUUACUCACAGCCCUGAUUAUAUUGCAGCUGCCGUCUCUGGACAUCCCAAGAUGGGCAGAGACUACAUUCAAACCGCACUGACAACAGCUUGAGGAACAACAAAAGCACAUGCAACAGAAACCAGAGAUAUCAAGGCUGUAUUUGAUCUAUCCCCCCCCCCCCCCCAGCACAACGGUGAGCUUUUUCUGCUGGCAUGCCUCUUAGAAAGACAUCGUACUGAUUUCCUUUUUAUGGCAACCGUCAUUAAAAUGUUCAGAGAAGGAGUCAGAACACUUUUAUCAGUGCCCCUUGAAGGGCAGGUUGCUUCAGUGUUCCAGGCUUACAGAAGCACUAAUGUCUUGUGAGGUUCUGUUCACACAAACGCUGCUCAUUAAACUUGUCCGGUGUCGAUGACUGUCUGGCUAUCUCGCUGUUUGACAUGAGUUCUAGCACACUUUUUUUUUUUUUAAAGGAUUCACAGUUUGCUUGAGCGAUCCUUUUCUCCCCUUGCUUGCCUCUUGAGGUUUUAAAAUACAUCACUGGGUGCUGGCUGGUACUCCACAAGUAGAGUUGCCAGCCUCCAGGUGAGGCCUGGAGAUCUUCUGC